AUGGGAUGCACCAACAGCAAAGUUGCUUCUGUUGCGGCCGUCUCCAGUACGCGGGAUUUGAGCGGGAUGGAUGUGCCGUCAAACCGUAAACCAAUCAUCAAACCCAAGAGAGAAGCACCAUCCAAGCCCAAAGCACAACCAAUGGCGCCAAUCGAACGCACCGUUGCCAGGCCAAAGAGCUCAUUUGCAAUGGCAAAACCAGUCGUAAAGACCGAUGACAUGAAUGCUGCGGCCAGGCCAUCCUCUGCGGUAAACUCGAUGACAAAACCAAUCGCAAAGGCCAACGACAACAAUGCGGAGCCCGGGCCGACCCGCUGUGUUCACUCAACUUCAAGACGUGCCCUCAAGCUAAGCGAACUCAGUGAGCAAGAAAAGGCAGAUGUUGUACGCUGGAGAGGCUUUGUUUAUCAAGGAAUCCCGCCUCCGGUUCUGAUAGCUUUGAUGGUACAGGAAGGUCUGAGGGGCGAACUCUUCCGUUUGGUUUUGGAGCCAUUAAACAUCGUCCGUUUAUUGACAAAGGCAGAAAGGGACGCGAUCUCCAAGUUCCGUCGCUGCCUGGAGCCGGACGGCGAUGGUGACGGUAAUGUAGUGCUCCCACCAGCACCGGCCACUGUGAUCCACAACAUGAGAAUGGACCUCAUCAAUCCGAGGUUGAUUCCGAUCAUCUUUGAUGGAUACAAGCCUGCUUCGUGUGAUGCCCGAAUGAACGAAGUCGAAGCUGCAGCCGUCCGUCGCUACAGGGCCAUGCUUGGCAGAGGGAUGUCUCGUUUCGAGGUUGCUCGUUUGACCGACAGAGAAAAGGCUGACCCACGGGUGGUUUUCUUGGUCUUUAGCAACGUCCCCACGAGGCCCGUGUCUGUGCCUGCGGGGCAUGAUACUCCCGCGGCGUCAACACCCAACACAGCAUGCAACGAGAACAGUAUGAUUGGCACAAUCACGUCGAUAUCGUAUAUUGGAGUAGAGCCCCCACCAGACAUUAAAGGCCCCGUGAUCAAAGACGGGCACUGCUUUGGAUUGCGUCAAGCGUGCGACGAUUCCAACCCAACCUGGAGCGUUCACCCCGAUUGGGAUACCCCAUGGCAUGUUUGUGAGAGGCGUUACAGCAACCACCCGGAGAUUGUGGUUCGCGGCACGAAGCACGCCUACGACGAGAUCGAGCGUCUCAUCCUGGCCGGCCACGAACACGAGCGUGUGCAUUUCGACGACAAACUGCGUAGGAGCUCCUCCAAGCAAAGAUCUUCGGAACUGCUAUUCUGGUCGGGACACGGACUGUUCAGUGUCCGAAUGUUGCUUCCAUGA